AUGAAACUCAAAAUUUCGAGCAGCCGCAAACUCGCAAUUAUCUCAAUAUUUCUUCUAGGCAGUUUCGUUUGUAUCGCGUCGAUAAUGCGACUCAUCUCAGUAGUGACUCAAGGUACUAAUGCGGACGUCAGCUGGAACUGGGUCAAUCAGGCCAUUUGGGCUACCGUUGAAGCAGAUUUAGCAAUUGUCUCAGCUUGCCUCCCAACUUUGCGACCUGUGUGGGUCACGAUUCGACGGAAACUAAAGGGCUUCCAACUAUCUAACACAUCGACUGAUUCACCUUCUUGGGCUACACUUUCGACACGUACUCAGGCCCCAUCAUGGGCCACAAGGAUACUCAAAUCAAACUCCGACGAUACCGAAGACACGCGGCCUUUAUCUGCUGCGAGUAGCCAAGCUGGAGAAAGGCCACAUCAUUACUCUAAAUUUGAAGAACCGCGUACUGAAACAACCGUUGCGAUUCCAUUAUCAACCCUGAAGAAGCAAAGUACAAACGACGAGGAAGGUAUUACCAUAAAUAGAGAUUGGAAUGUUGAAUACAAUCUCAAUAGUUACUUCAAUGACUCGUAA